UUUAAACAAAAAUGGGUCGCAGGUCAAAGCAAAAGUCAGGAGCAAUUGCUGCCAAAAAGACUAAAAACAUUUUCAAGGUUAAUGAUGUCAAGCAAAAGAAGAAACCCAAAGAAGUUCAGGGCAAACUUAAAAAGAUCAAAGAGGCAGUUACCAAAAAACAAGAAAAAGUCGAUGCCAAUCUACGUGAACUCCACAAAGAUUUGGUGGUAAAGAAACCACAAGCAUCCACCUCGAAACCUCUUAAGCCUGGCAAGAAACCAGCGGCCAACACCAAAAAUGUUUCAGAUAAAUUGGGUGAUUUGAAAUUCUAA